GGAGCGGUCAAACCGCUUAAGUCUUUUACUCAUACAAAAUCAUAUCUCCAGAAAGAUAAGGGGCUCAAUUCCUGAUUGCAAAAUUGCAAAAGAAUUCUUAACAGCAGUAGAAGAGCAAUUUGUAAGUUCAAAGAAAGCCCUAGCCAGCACCUUAAUAUCAAGAUUUGCUUCCUUAAAGUAUAAUGAUAAUGGUGGCAUACGCGAGCACAUUAUGGAAUUACGUGACAUCGCUGCCCAAUUAAAAUCAUUGGAAGUAGACAUGUCAGAGACUUUUCUUGUACACUUUGUUCUUAAUUCUCUGCUUAUGGAAUAUGCACCAUUUAAAAUCUCAUACAACACACAUACAGAAAAAUGGACUAUGAAUCAACUUCUAGCCAUGUGUGUUGAUGAGGAGCAGAGAAUAAAACAAGAGAGGCAAGAGAGUGUUUAUCUCACCUCUCAUAAGGGAAAAGGACAUAAAGAGGUCGGCGGUACCAGUCAUCAUAUUCCUGUUAAGAAGAAGAAAAUGAAAGUGUCAGCCAAAGUGACUGACAAAAGGCAAAUAAAGUGCUUCUUCUGUAGGAAACAGGGACAUUUGAAAAAGGACUGCAUCAAGUACAAGAAAUGGCUCGAAAAGAAAGGGAUUGUUGAACAAAAGAAUUCCAACGGAAAGUGAACGAAGCAUCAUAAUGG